UUCUUAAGUCAUUUGAAACACUGUCCCUGUGAGUUCUUUAAGUUCCCUGCAAUCUGUACACAAGAGAAAGAGGGAGAGAGAGAGAGGGGGAGAGAGACAGAAAGAGCAAAGGAUCAGGUAAAGCAGUGAGGCUGCUGCAGCCAUUCAGACCUCAGGAGCUGGAAAAUUGCCAAGGAUGCAGAAGGAAAUGAAGGUGAUCAAAGAUGAAGAUGCACAUUUCAAUUUGAGUGUGAAGAGGGCCCCGUCUUUUCCCCACUGCCCGCAGCCAGUGGCCUCUCGAGGAAAGGGUCCCCAAAGGCACCCCUUUCCAGAAACUCUCCGGGGGCCUUUCUCCCAGUUUCGGUAUGAACCUCCUCCAGGAGACCUAGACGGAUUCCCUGGGGUCUACGAAGGGAGUGGAUCUCGGAAACGGAAGAGCAUGCCCACAAAGAUGCCCUAUAACCACCCUGCAGAGGAAGCCGCUCUGGCACUCCACUCCGACGAGAACCACCAUGGCCCCGCCAACCUGCCUUUGCUGUUCCCGCAGCCCUCGCGCCCCAAGUUUGACUCUCAGAUGAUUGACCUGUGCAACGUCGGUUUCCAGUUCUACCGUACCCUGGAACACCUGGGGGGCAAACCCGUCAAGCAGGAGCCCAUUAAACCCAGCGCUGUGUGGCCCCAGCCUGGACCACCUCCAUUCCUGCCUACACCCUACCCCUACUACCCCAAGGUCCACCCUGGCCUCAUGUUCCCUUUCUUCGUGCCUUCGUCCCCGCCCUUCCCCUUCAGCCGGCACACCUUCCUGCCCAAGCAGCAGGAACCGCUGUUGCCCCGGAAAGCCGAGCCCCAGGAGAGCGAGGAGGCCAAGCAGAGAGUGGAGAGGGUGGACGUGAACGUCCAGAUAGACGACAGCUACUACGUGGACGUGGGCGGGGCGCAGAAGCGCUGGCAGUGCCCCACCUGCGAGAAGUCCUACACCUCCAAGUACAACCUGGUGACGCACAUCCUGGGCCACAGCGGCAUCAAGCCGCAUGCGUGCACGCGCUGCGGGAAGCUCUUCAAGCAGCUCAGCCACCUGCACACGCACAUGCUGACCCACCAGGGCACGCGGCCCCAUAAAUGCCAGGUGUGCCACAAGGCCUUUACGCAGACCAGCCACCUGAAGCGCCACAUGAUGCAGCACAGCGAGGUGAAGCCGCACAACUGCCCGGUGUGCGGCCGGGGCUUUGCCUACCCCAGUGAGCUCAAGGCCCACGAGGCCAAGCACGCCAGCGGGCGGGAGAACAUCUGCGUGGAAUGCGGCCUGGACUUCCCCACCCUGGCCCAGCUGAAGAGGCACCUGACCACGCACCGGGGCCCCAUCCAGUACAACUGCUCCGAGUGCGACAAGACCUUCCAGUACCCGAGCCAGCUGCAGAACCACAUGAUGAAGCACAAGGACAUUCGGCCUUACAUCUGCUCCGAGUGCGGCAUGGAGUUCGUGCAGCCUCACCACCUCAAGCAGCACUCGCUCACGCACAAGGGCGUGAAGGAACACAAAUGUGGGAUUUGUGGACGGGAGUUCACCCUCUUGGCCAACAUGAAGAGACACGUGCUGAUCCACACCAACAUUCGGGCCUACCAGUGUCACCUGUGCUACAAGAGCUUCGUGCAGAAACAGACCCUCAAGGCACAUAUGAUUGUCCACUCUGACGUGAAGCCUUUCAAAUGCAAGCUGUGUGGGAAAGAAUUCAACCGGAUGCAUAACCUAAUGGGCCACAUGCACCUGCACUCAGAUAGCAAACCCUUCAAGUGCCUCUACUGCCCAAGCAAAUUUACCCUCAAAGGGAACCUGACACGCCACAUGAAAGUCAAGCAUGGAGUCAUGGAGCGGGGCCUUCACCCUCAAGGUCUGGGAAGGGGGCGGAUGGCCCUGGCGCAGUCGGCCGGCGCCCUGAGGAGCCUGGAGCAGGAGGAGCCCUUCGACCUGUCCCAGAAGCGCCGGGCGCCGGUGUUCCAGUCGGACGGGGAGAGCGCCAGAGGCAGCCCGGGCCACGAGGACGAGGAGGCGGAGGCGGAGGCGGAGGAGGACUUCGACCACUGCUAUGAAGUGGAGCCCGACAGCCCUGGCCUGGUCCCCGAGUCCCAGCCGCCCUCGCUGCCCGGGGAUCUGUCCGCCAAGCCGGAGCAGGAGCCUGAGGGGCUAGGGGACGCCUGCAAGGAGGAGGAAGAGGAGGGAGAGGAAGAAAAGGAAGAAGACAAAGAGCAGGAGGAGGACUUGGCCAAAGACCGACAGGAGGAGAGGAGCAGGGCCAAGUCGGCGGCAGGGGGCGGCCCGCAGAGAGAUUUUGCCUGCAGGGACGAAUGUCUGGGCCUCACAGCAUUUCAGAGCAGCCGGCGGGGCCCCUCUUUUUCUGAUUACUUGUACUUCAAGCACAGAGAUGAGAGUUUAAAAGAAUUACUGGAGAGGAAAAUGGAAAAACAAGCAGUGCUUUUAGGUAUCUAAGUGGACAGUUUUAAAAUUACAUUUGGAAAAUGAGAACCAGGCAGAUCAAAUAUAGCUUUCUGCGUGAAUUGCCUUUUACUGGAGGCAGCAAAUGGCGCCAAUCUUUACAAAUGGCUGAGUAAAUGAGCAGGGACCGUCCUUGGUAAUGUAAAUGCUUCUCGGGUCAUUCCUUGGGCCUGCGAUACUUUUAACAUAUGUGCAAGGUCUUCCUCAGUGUUACUUUAUGCAUCGGGACUAUCAUAAACCGCGCAUAUUCUGCUAGAGAUCUAAUUGUAAGCUGAUGCUGAGGUGCUUUUAGAAAUUCUAUUGUCCUUCGACUAAUACGUAAAGAUCUUUCUAGUUGCAAAACUAUGGUGCUUGAUAUAUUACCUUAUUGAUAACUAUUUAGUUGAAUUUAUGAAAGUUAUAUUUUUCCAGAUAGAUGAAAAUAUUAAUAGUUGUAUAUAUAAAAACUUUUAUUAAUCAUCAAAAAUACCAGAAAUGACACAGGAGGGUGAACUGUUGAAGAGGGUGUUCUCAAGUAGUUGCUGCAGAUGUAAGGUGAAAUUUCAGAAGGAGAUGAAUAAGUUUGACAAGGGAAAAACCAGCAUAGAUUCCUGCCUGGGUCUCUCAUUUUGCUUCAGCUUCCUUCAUCAGCUGGGGUACUUGGAGCACAUUUGAGGUGACCUGAUAAUGCUCAAGGGUCCUGGCUUCUCAGACUAGCCCUGCAUUCCUGAGCAAAGCCCCCUCCCGGAGACCACUGCUGCUUUGCUCUGAGCCUGGUACUCCAUAAAGCAGGAAGAGUUGCUACCACUGAGAAGCAGAUCUUUUCUCAGUACUGGAGGGAGAGGGUGGGCUGGAGGAAUACUCUCUGAAGUUGGCUCUGGCUUACUUUAGGUAUUAGAAUGAUCAACUAAUCACUAGGAAGACUCUAGGCUGUGUUCUCAAUGCUGGCUGCACAUUGGAAUCAGUCGUGGGAGUCUUGAAAUACAAGGCCAGGGCCUCAACCACUGAGAGUCUGAUUUCACUGGUCUGGAGUGGAGUCCCAGUUUUUAAAUUGCCCCAGGUAAUUCUUAAGCACUGCCAGGGUUGAAAUGAUCGGCUGGAUUCAAAUCACAUUUACCCCUUUCUGUGGCUUCCAGGAUCCCUCCCAGGGACUCUAUAAAUACUUCUGUUUCUGACUUCAGACUCAUUAAGGUGGUGAGCAAGAGCUCUCCCAAUUGGAUGGCUCACUUAGGCCUUCUUACUCAUUUUGCAAGGGUCUCGUAAAGGGAUACAUAUACACACACACACACACACACAUACUCUGUGUAGUUACACACUUUUUGUACUAGAAGUUGAUGCCUUUGAUGUGUAUGGCUACUUCCUGUAUUGAGAAAUGCAUGGCUGACCCAUAGUGACUAACCAUUUCUUCCCAGAUGCUAAACCGUGAUUCCAGUGCAUGAUGAUGUUUGUAAUGGUGGGUUGGGCCCAGCAUAUAGGCUUUACUUAAGCCCAGAAACCGAAUUAAGCAAUGCGGACAGGUUGCUGCCUAUGUGUGGCUGAUCAUAAGCAAUACCCUCUGGUACUGUGUGUUUAUGUGAAAACCACCUUGGUCAGUUGUUUCGACCCUUGGUUGUAGAGUUAGGUACUGUUUAGUAUUUUGCUUCUUCCCCUCUCAAACUUCCUAGUAUGUUUCUUUAGAAAAUCUAGUCCAUCUCCAACUGCUGGAUGCUGGCUUUUAUUGUUGACAAGGAUGCCUCUCUACUGGCCUGUUAUUCACUAGGUGCUUUGCCAGUCCCUGAUCCUUGUCUAAAGCUCUUUCCUGCAGCGUCACCACCACCGUCAGUGCUAAGGCUGCUCGGGUUUCCUAUGGCCACCUGUGUCCUGCAGUCAGGUAACCUGCAAAGGGCAUGAGGAUGAGAACAAUGUGAGUUUCUGCAAUUAUACGUACAACUUUGGGUCAAGAAGCUGACCCAAGUCCUCAGAAGGCAAGUUCCCUUCCAUUCAUUGUUAAUAUAGUUCACCAGUGCCCAGAAGGCAGGCGGAAUGUUCUGUGUGGCCCCCAGCUCUUACAGUCCUGUUACAUAUGUGUCCAUCCAGAGCUCAUGUGUUAAGGACAUGCUACAACAUGCUGUGCCUGACCCCUUGUGCUGCAGACUUCCAGAUGGUUCUGGGUAUGCCUGGCUGGUAUAGAAACUAGGAAAAUCUGGUCAUUUCCAACUAAACAAAUCACACGGGAGAGUUUGAGGAACCAGUUAAUGUUGAGAUGGAAAGAGUAUGGUCUGGAAUGGUGGUUUUCAAAUUGCAUUUUGAGGAGCCAGAGGUCCUUGUUGGGACCCUGCAGAGCUGCAAGGGGAGGAGCAACUCUCAACCUCUAUGCCCACUUCACUCAGAGCAGCUCGAGUUUCAUCUUUUUGUAUGUUAGCAUUCCAAGUAAAAUCCAAUCUGAAUGGAGAAAAAAAGGCCUAGGAAAAAGUAACAAAGAUUUGUGAAGGAGUGUAUUCUAAGACUUGUUUCUAGUUGCUGACUCUGGAUAUGAGAGACUUAAUUAGAUAUGACCUGAUGGCUCAUCUAUCACUGACCUGAGAACUAAGGUUAAAACCUCGAUUUUGUAGGAUGCUGUGUGUCCAAGAUCCUGCUUUGCCUGCAGUAGUCCUAGUUUAUAUCUCUUGUCUCAGGACAAUUACUAAUGGUGUGACUUCGAUUCCCCAAAGUAUCCUAGUGUGGGUGAUAAAUACAUGGGCACCACGUACAUCAGCAU